AUGCGUUGUCAGUCAUUAAAAACCGGCCAAGUGCUGAUCGGACUCGCGCACGAAGGGUUGCACGAAGGGGCACCUUAUGCUCCGGCUUAUGGUCACCCAUCUCACCCGGGCUCCGUGGUAGUUGUGAAGCCUCAUGCCGAACACCAACCAAUACUCGACUAUAACACUCAGGAUUGGGAACUCUCUGGACCUGGACUUGGCAGCGAGUAUAUAGGAUCAGAUAUACACCGCAACGCCAUAGCGAACUUCAAGCCUCAUGCAAACGACAUCAACGACAUCAACGCUUGGGGAUUGGGGCUUCCACCAGGUCAAUCGUUGAACGUCGGUGAAUAUGCAAGCAGCAACAAUGCCGUGCCGAACGUGGUGCCACCACCAAAUAGUGGCCACAAGUUUCAAGCGGGCAGUCCAUUAAGGCCUGUCGGACCUCCAAAUCCCUACUACAGAAACAAAAAGGCGACAGCGAGAGACCCUGAGAAGGAAGCACUUAUACGCGCGGCGUCUCUCGCUGCCCAGGCGCCCGCUUCGCCGGUGAGGGACGAGAUAAUUCGGGUGUCGCAGGCCAAGCUGGUUGAGACGAACCGAGUCAAAGCCGAGACGGAGCUUGUGAGGCAACAGCAGGAGAUACUCGCCUCACAAGACCCUGACACUAUUGCCGCGGAGAGAUUCUACGGCGCUCUAUUGGAGAAAAUCGAUACAAUUCUGAGCCCAAUGGGUGCGUCGGACGUCGGGUGCCGGGAGAGGGCGGUGUGCGCAAUGUACAAGGACCCCUUUAAGCAUUCGCCAUACAGCAAUCUAGUCUCUAAUGAACUCAGCAAGGAGUCCAGUGAACUAGUACCACCUGCAGACAGCAAGAUGGCGCUGAGAUACUACAGAUACGUGCAAGCGGCCAGAGAUGGGCAAGAAGAAAAGGACUGCGUCACCCUCUACCCGCAUUGCAACAUAGACUAUAAUAAAAAGAAACAUACUCGAAACAAUGAAAACCCAUUUGAUUGGUGCACUCUUAAUCAACUGGACAUUGAUAUCAGUGGUUUCGGCACAGAGCUCUGUUCAUCGCAGAAUAAAAAGGGGUCACAUGGGGAAUGCUUUCAAGGCCUUGUUGAAUAUAUACAAAACAAACCCUCUGAAACACUCCAAAGUCUACCAAAAGUUUUCCAAUCAAAUGCUUUCGUCCAGAUCGGACAAGGCGAUAAGGUCGCUCAAGGGAAAGUCAAAAUCCUUGUCAAUAAUGCAGACGGUAAAAUCAUCUCCGAUACAUCAGUGGACAGUGUUAAUCCAAUUCAUAAUGCGAAAAAACAGGAAGAAAUAAAAUCAGAAUUAGAUCCAGCAGUUGUUAAAAUGACUACAGACUCAAAUGCCCCUGAAUGCAACGAUGACGUUUUGGUGUUGAGA